GGCUGCCUCAGGGCUGGUCGGCUCCGCUUCUCCUAGCAGUGCCUGCCUCCCGUGGCCUCUGUGGACCUCAGAGAGAGCAGGCCUGGCCUGCCACCUGGCGUCAUGAUGGGGAAGCUCCCCCUCGGGACGACCUCCCCUUACGUCAAGAUGAGUUCAGGGGGCUGCACAGACCCCCUCAACUUCUAUGCCACCAGCUACUGCACAGCCUACGGCCGAGAGAAGUUCAAGCCCCACAUGGGCAGCCACGUGGGCACUGGCUAUAAGUCCAACCUGCGGCCCUUCAUCUCAUACCAGCCCAGCCUGGAUGCCCUGAACAACCCAGGCAUGGGGGAACAAGUCCGGGACACCUUCCAGUCAGUGACCAGCGAGAGCUACAGGCCCUUGGAGGGGCCUGAUGGCCGGGAUGCCCUGCCCUGGAACAUGUACCAGACCUGCUCAGGCUAUGGCCGGGAGAAGUCAGGCCUGGAGCCCUUCGCCAAGGAGGUCAAGAAGGUGCACUUGGACACCCAGGAGCAUGGGCCGCAGGGUGUCGUGGGGCUCGAGGCCAAGGCCACGCCCCUGCUCCUCCAGCUGCAGCACAAGGGCUCUCCGGGGUGGGAGACUGCACGCUAUGGGAGUGGUCCAUGCUCCAUGACAUCUGAGUACAAUUCCAAGUAUCUUGAGGAGCCGCCUGCCCAGCAAGAUCUGCUGCAGAAGAAGUCUGUCGGUGCCAAGGAGAGGACAGGUUUCACCGAGGGCUCAGCCAGAGGCCCCCUGGACCUCCAGCCGGCCUGCCAGGCCCUACCAGGGGACCCCGCCUUCCUCCCAGGGAGCAGUGUCACCAAGGCAGACUUCCUCCCCAUGACCAACCCGCAGGGGAGUGAGUUCCUGCCUGUGUUGGCCCAAGGCUCCGAGCGGGAGACUGGCUACAGCCGCAUGCAUGAGAGAACGAUGAAGCUCAGGGGCCCCAGAGUGCGCUGGCCCCGGCAGCUGUCCUCUCCAAGUGCUCUCCCCAGCAGCACAACCCGUGAGCACUUCCGGCCACCUCGGCCAGUACAGCAGACCAAUGUUGCCCUGCUGGGCCACCAGGCUAUGGGGGCCAAAGAACCCACAGGCUUUAGCCUUAACAAUACUAGCUACGUCUGCAGCCUUCAAGACCCUGCCCAAGACAGUCGGUACCUGACCUCCUACAGCCAGGGGUUCUUCGAGAAUCUCCCCAAGGGGCUGGAUCGGGAAGGCUGGACCCGGGGAGGCGUCCAGCCCUUGAAGCCCAGUGGCUACGCCCUCAACCAGGGCCCCUCGAGCUUGGAGCUGGGCUCUGGCACCCCAAGGAGCCUCUGGUGCCCGCACCCCCACCAGGGAAGACUCUAUGCAGGUGCCAUCCUGGGGCUGCCGCUGACCCGCACCCCUCUGAGGCUGCGCCCAGGCUUGGCACCAGCCGCCAUGCCACCCCUCAUGCACUGGCCCACCGUGUGGAGCAGCUCUGCCAGCCUGAGGACGUCCCAGCAGCGGGCUCCACGUGGGCCGUUGGUGGCACCAGAUGGUGUGGGCAACGAAGGAGGGAGCUGA